AUGGACCCGCGGAAAACUGCCUUGCUGGUGAUUGACAUGCAGAACUUCUCCCUUUGCACAGCGCUCACUGGCAACCCGCAUGUCCAUGGCCUUGGAGCAGAGCAUGCGAUUCUGGAAUAUGCUGUUCCGAAGGCUCGAGAGACCGGCAUUCAGGUGGUAUGGUUGAAUUGGGGUCUCACGAAUGAGGAUCUCGAAACGAUGCCGCCAGGACCACUCCGGGCCUUUGGCUGGGAAGCAAACGACGAGAGUGUAGAGAGCAACAUCGCAGAGGGAAGGCUCAGUCCACCGGUCUUCGGCGAUUUCAGUUCGUGCGGUGAGCGUCAGAUCUUGGGUCUAGGUGCCGAUAUCGGAGCCAUUGUUGUGGACGACGGCUCGACCGUAGAAGCUGGAAGAGCGCUCAUGAAAGGCAGCUGGAACGCAUCCCUGUAUGGUCCAUUUCUCUCGGCCUUCGACGAUGGACAAUCAGGCUCUUUGCCAGACGUGGUUGUCCACAAGAAUCGAAAUUCCGGACUUUGGGACGAGAACUCUGGAUGCACCAAGUACCUCGUCRAAAGAGGAAUACGCACGAGGCUUCGAUCCCAUCUUGCUGCGAGACGGAUGCAACACAAGUAA